ACAUGAACAGAAGCUUAACAUUUGUUUUACUGAUUCCACCUACUGUGUCACUGAAUGGACUAGUGGAAAUUUUGGAACACUCUGAUAAUUUUGAUCAUUAUUAAAGAACUUAAGAAAAUGUCAAAAGUGAAAAUUAUAUAGGAGUCCUUAAUUAUUUAUAUAAGUAGUAUUUUACAGUCUGAUAAAAUUUAACUCUUAACUACUUACUUUUCAACAAUUCUAGUUGUGAUGCCUAUAGUGGCGUGUUUGACUUAGGUCAAAUGAGGCCGCUAAAUAUGCUGCAGCUAAAAACCACCCGUGAAGGACUUCUUUGUUUUUUGUUCGAAGAACGUUUCUUUAGCGUUGCAGUCUUGGUAUUGGUUCAGUGCCAAGAACCAUUAUUUUGGACAAAAAAAAUAAACGGUGCCUUUUUGUGGGCGUUGUUUCUAAUGCCACAAAGAACGGUUCUUCAGAACGGUUCUUUUUCGUUAGUAAAAAAAUUCCCAAAGAUAGCAGACCAAUUUAUUAGAGACAGUCUAUUCAAAUUUCGUUCUUUUUAUAUAUGGUUUUACAUUUUUUAUUGAAGGGUAUGAAAGGUACCGCCUAUCAGUAUGCAUUGGAUGGGUACACCAACACAUUAAAAGAGAAAUAUGAAACUUACCAGAAACCCGAAGACGAAAUAUAUAUCCAUGAAGAAGCCUGGGAAGAUGCUUUAGCUGCAUAUAGAAGAGCGGGUGUUGGAGAAAUGCCUAUGGCGGAGUGUCCAACUGUUAACUUAAUGAGGGAAAAAAGAAAUGAAUACAGACAAUUGAACAACCAGAAAAAGGACAAUGCUGACAAGAACAACGAUGCAGCUCAUAACAAAGCACUAACAUUUUACAGAGAUGGAAUGCAAGAUAAAUAUGUAAAUUGUUUUGGCUUUGAUGAAAGACAUAGCAAAUCUGAAAAUGAUGCACAUCGUGUGUACGAACAAGCUGCUAAUAAGGGAUUUCAAUCAUAUCAAAUAAACAAGAACAGUUUAAGAAGUGGAAUUGAUGCUGUAUAUAGAGAAUUUGCAAAGCAGAAAACUGUUGGUAACUGGUUUAAGUCUUGGGUUGGAAAACAAAAAUAUGUUGUGAUCCCUCAUCAUCUCCUUAAAUAAGUUAUCAAAAAUACAUAACAAUACAUGUAUUUUAAUAUCACAAUCAAAGUAGAUGUAUGUAUUUCAUUUAUUGCUAUCGUCUUUACUGACACCAUUAGUAGACAUGGUAAUUUGUUGAAAUAUUUUAGUGUAACAGAAUAGAAAAAUAAUAUUUUAAACAUUUUCCAUAUUAAUUACCCGAUGGGUGUAGUAAUAAAGCUUUUUAGUUUUCCAUGUUAUUGCUUGCAUAUGGUAGAGUACUUAUAAGAAUAUUAAUAUCAUUUAUUUAAUAUUUUCGAAAUUUUACUAUUGGAAGAUGGUAACUAAAAUGAUCAGUAUAUUUAGAAUCUUCUGAAAAUAAUUCUGUUAAGAUUUAGAAGUUCAUCCCAGAUGAUAAUUUAAAAUUGUUUUGUAUCAAAGACAAUAACACUUUUACUGUGAAAGUGGCUAUUAGAAAAAAUCCAAAUGUAAGAAAUCAUGCAUAGGCCUAACUAUUUUAAACAUUUUAAUAAAACUAAUGAUACUCUA